AAGGAAAAGAAGGUGGCGCAGAAGUUGAAGUUGCGUCUGUGCCGCAUCGCACAACAAAAUCAUUCACAAACUUAUUUCUGCACGCUUGUAACUACACAUCGCCAUCACCAAUGUUGCCCUCGUCUGAAUCGCAAGCAGGGCCGACUCCUGCUCAAGGCUCGUCCACGCAAGCCAAGAACAAGGAUAACGUGGACGAGCUCACCGAGAUGCUCUCACAGCUCUACACCGCCCCCACUUCUGAGGAAUGUGAUGACAUUGCUCGUGCAAUGGCUGCUAAAUUGGUCAAGGAUGGUCUCAUUCAUCUUAAAACCACCAACAUGCUCAGUAAUCUGGAGACAGAGGCUAAAAACAAAAAGUCUGGCCUUGCACGCGAGGGAGCGUUAAUUGGAAUAUGUGCUUUAGCAGAUGUCAUUGGUCAAGCCUCAGAGCCCUACCUGGUUCCUAUGCUUCCUACGAUACUGGAUUUGUAUGCUGACAAAGGACCUGUGGUACAGGAUGCAGCUGCCAGAGCUGCGGAAGCGAUUAUAGCCAUCAUGCCUUCCCAGUCAGCACCCACUGUUCUACCAGUAUUGUUCGAAUGCAUUAAAGGACCAGGCAAGAAGUGGCAGGCUAAAGUUGGUGCGUUACAACUGUUAGCGGAUCUUUCCAAUGCAUCGCCUAUUCAGAUUGGCGUUGCUUUGCCAGAGAUCAUUCCUAUUGUCAAGGACUGUCUUCUGGACACAAAAAGCGAGGUUGCAGAACAAGCAAGCAAAACCAUGCUGCGCGUGUGCAAUGUGGGUGGUAACCCAGAUAUUUCUCGUCAUCUCAAGGAUUUGUGUGACUGCAUGGCGCAUCCAGAUAAAGUUCCAGCAGUCAUAGAAAAGCUCUCCGCCACAACUUUUGUGGCAGACAUGCAUGGACCAGCACUCGCUAUUAUGGUACCACUCUUGGUACGUGCUCUGAAUGAACGGUCUUCGACUAUCCAGCGUCAGACUACUAUAAUUGUUGAUAAUCUGUGUAAGCUCGUCAAGGAUCCAGCAGAAGCUGGUCAAUUCUUGCCGGAUCUUUUGCCCGGUUUAGAACGUAUCAUUGACGUAGCCGCUCUGCCUGAGAUCCGUGCCUUGGCUACUGCUGCAAAAAACACGCUUAUUAGGGCUGGUGGUGCCACCAGAAUUGACCCUUAUACACGAGAAGGAUCCAUCGUGCCUACGGAGUCUCAGGCACGCACAGUUGUAAAUCGCGCUGUUAGCAAAUUUGGAUUCUUUCCAGCGUUUUUUGAUGUUGUCAAACAGCAUGUGGCAGCUUUGUCGAUCGUACUAAUCAAGGAGGAGAACUUAUCACCACGAGAGUGGAAUCAAAUCGUGACGCCAUAUUUUCUGGCAUUCAUGCCUGCGAACGAUGCAGCUGCCGUUGUCAAGACCAUCCUCAGUCAUUACAUUGAUCUUAAUCAUAAGCUAAAUGGUGAAGCUGUUGUUGAGGAUAAUGAAGAAGGCGAGGAGCUCUGCAAUAUUGAUUUUUCGUUGGCAUAUGGGGGUAUGAUGUUACUCAAUCACACCCAGCUCAGACUUCAUCGUGGACAUCGGUAUGGUCUGUGUGGCCCCAAUGGGGCUGGAAAGACUACAUUGAUGCGCGCAAUAGCGCAAGGGAAAGUAGAUGGCUUCCCAUCCUCCGAUGUCCUGCGUACAGUCUUUGUGGAGCAUGCACUGCAAGGGGAACAAGGAGAGAUGAGCGUUGAAGAAUUUGUUGUUUUGGGUGCCAAAAUUACGGAUAAAUCCGAAGAGGAAUUCAAAAAAGCCCUUGCUGUUGUCGGUUUCACAGACGAGAUGCAAAAGCGCAAGGUCGCAUCUCUGUCGGGGGGUUGGAAGAUGAAGCUAGAGUUGGCGCGCGCCAUGCUUAUGAAGGCUGAUAUCUUGCUUUUGGACGAACCGACCAAUCAUCUGGACGUUACGAACAUCAAAUGGUUAGAAGAGUAUCUGGUGGGUCAGACUAAUGUUACGUCGAUUAUCGUCUCGCACGACUCUUCUUUUCUUGACAAUGUUUGCACCAAUAUCCUGCAUUUUGAACGCAAGAAACUUAAGAUGUACAAGGGCAACUUGUCAGAGUUCGUCAAACUUAAGCCUGAGGCUAAGUCCUAUUAUACCCUGGCAGCUACCUCUGUCAAAUUUGAAUUUCCCAAGCCAUCAUUCUUGAUGGGUGUCAAAUCCAACACAAGAUCCAUCAUGAAGAUGAUCAAUUGUACAUAUACAUACCCAGGGGCUUCCAAGCCUUCACUGCAUAACGUCUCUGUGCAAUUGUCGUUGUCAUCGCGCGUUGGUGUGGUCGGCCCCAAUGGUGCCGGAAAAUCGACGAUGAUCAAGCUUCUGACAGGAGAGAUCUCGCCUCAAGAGGGAACCGCAUGGAGACAUCCCAAUCUCCGUAUCGGAUAUGUCGCUCAGCAUGCCUUCCAUCAUCUGGAACAGCACCUAGAAAAGACACCUAAUGCUUACAUUCAAUGGCGGUACCAAGGGGGCGCAGACCGCGAGGUGCUUGAAAAGCCUACAGUGGCCAUGACGCCCGAAGAGCUGAAACAGAUGGACACAUGGGUGACAGGUAAAGACGGUAGCAAGCGACAGGUAGAGCAGAUCAUGGGCCGCCAGAAGCUAAAGAAAUCGUAUCAAUACGAGAUCAAGUGGAAGAAUCAUGUACACAAGUUUAACACAUGGAUGACGCGCGAGAGGCUGUUGGAAUUGGGAUUUGAGAAGUUAGUGCGCCAGUUUGAUGAUAAGGAGGCGUCCAGAGAAGGAUUAGGGUAUCGUGAGUUGACACCAUCCAGUAUUCGUCGACAUUUAGAGGAUGUAGGGCUGGACGGGGACAUUGCAGAUCACAAUGCGAUCAGUGGCCUUUCAGGGGGUCAAAAGGUCAAAGUGGUGAUUGCGGCAGCGAUGUGGAAUAACCCACACAUGUUGGUCUUGGAUGAGCCUACCAAUUUCCUGGACCGUGAAGCGCUGGGCGGUCUAGCAGUAGCAAUUCGCAACUGGGGAGGAGCUGUGAUUAUGAUUUCACAUAGCAAUGAGUUUUUGAGCGCAUUGUGUCCUGAGACAUGGUCGAUGAACACAGGCCACCUAACGAUCAAUGGUAAGACAGCGGUGGAGGAGGGCAACUUUGAAGAUGCAGAGAAGCCGAUAGUGGUGGUAAACAAGAAGAAGAAGAAGUCAAGAAACGAGCUUAAAGCACAGGAAACACGCCGUCGAUUAAGACAUUUGGAAUGGCUAGCCUCAGACAAGGGAACUCCUAAGCCGGUGAGUAGCAAAUACUGUUACUUGCUUUUCCCUUAAUUGAUACGAAAUACUAUAGUAUUGCCUUCUUACUAACGGUCUUUUUUAUACACCUCUUUCUCUUUCUCUUUCUUUUUCUUUUGGCGGCAACCUUUAGCCUGACACAGACAGU